AUGCUCUAUUCAGAAGAAAACAAGCUAAUCUUCCGUUUUGACGAUCAUCUUCUCUGGAUUCAGCCCUGGGGAGAGAAUGCAUUCCGCGUCCGGGCCACCAAGCUGGCCUCGAUGCCCCUCGACGACCGGGUUCUCUCCAUCAAACCAGCCACUCUAACCCCGAUAACCAAGAUACCGCUGGGCCAGGAAGCAGUUAUCACGAAUGGCAAGAUCACUGCAGCCGUUUCACAGCGGGGAAAGAUCACGAUCUACAACUCGAAAGGAACCAAGCUCCUCGAGGAGUACGCCCGGAACCGACAAGACCUCCUCGAUCCCAAAUGCAGUGCAUUAGAGAUUGAAGCGCGCGCGCUCUGGCCAAUUCUCGGCGGAGACUGCAAUCUAAACAUGCGAUUCGAGUCUCUGGGCCCCCAAGAAAAGGUCUUCGGCAUGGGCCAGUAUCAGCAGCCUCAUCUGAACCUCAAGGGUACAGACCUGGAGCUAGCGCACCGCAACUCGCAAGCGAGUGUGCCCUUUGCUCUAUCCUCACGCGGGUACGGCUUUCUGUGGAAUAACCCGGCCAUUGGACGAGCGGCAUUGGGGACUAAAGUCAUGAGCUUCGAGGCAUAUUGGACACGGGCACUGGAUUACUGGGUGGUUGCUAGUGACACGCCAGCCGAGAUUGAAGAGGCAUACGCCUGGGUCACAGGGUAUGUGCCUAUGAUGCCCGAGUAUGGACUGGGUUCUGGCAGUGCAAACUCCGCUAUUGGGAGCAGGAGCAGCUGCUGGAGGUUGUUCGCGAAUACAGGCGGCGAAAUGGGAAGUGGAAGUUUGAUUCAGAAUUCUGGCCGGAUUCCGGAGCAUGCCAUGGUCAAGGAGCUCGACGAGCUCAAGGUGAAGCUAAUGGUCUCCAUCUGGCCAACAGUCGAAAAUGCAUCCGAGAACUAUCCCGAAAUGCUCGAGCGCGGGCUUCUGAUCCGCCACGACCGCGGAGUUCGCGUGGCGAUGCAAUGCGACGGCAACAUCACCCGCUUCGAUGCAACAAACCCAGCAGCCCGGGAAUAUGUAUGGCACAAAGCCAAAAAAAACCACUACGACAAAGAGAUCCAAGUCUCCUGGCUAGACGAAGCCGAGCCCGAAUAA